GGAUGAUUGGCCAAUGAUUGUCGCUUGUGUUAGCGCCUAUGCACACCGCUCGACACUGAAACUCGUAUCUCUCCCUCCUUCUCGCAAUGCAUUUCUGGCUGGUCUGUUCCCACUUGCUUUUGCUCUAUAUCCAAUCUUUGCAAAGAUGUGUCUUUAAACAGCCCUUUCAUACCGCAACCCAUUUGCAGAGGAACAUGACGCUUCCCGAAGACUUCCAACAAGCCACAAUAAUCGCUUGUUGCGAGAACCCGUUGCCUGGUAUUAUUUUCAGCCAAUAUGGCAAGCGCAUUAUCAGAAUAUCUGAUCAACAUGUCGUCAAAUGGGGCCCAGAUGUAACAAAGGAGGAAGCCGAAGCCCAGAGGAUAGCCUACGAACUUGUCGAUAGUCGCAUUGUUCGCAUACCUCAGGGCAAGGUCAUCGAACCAUUAGAGGACAUUUCUGCCAUCGAAAAGGUUGCGGGCGUGCUUGAUUAUUUCGCAACAUUCCGGCACAGAAUUCCUGGGUCUCUUUGUAGAGGGUUUUGUCACGGGCUUCUUUUUCACGAGACUGGAGAUCUGGUCUUCGACAGAAUGGACGGGAUAGAGGAAUGAUUCAAUAGUCGACUUUUCGCGCAUAAUCCAAACCUGACUCUCCAGGGCUGCGAGCUCGUGUUUUGCCAUUUGGAUAUAGCACCCCGGGACAUUCUGUGGCAGGAAGAUGGGUCUCUCUGUCUUGUUGAUU